AGGGAGAAAAGGAAAACACCUGUAUGACUGCCUUAUACGUUUAAGAAAAGAAUAAUAAUAAGAUAGAAAAACGUGGGCAUCUCCUUUUUUUCUUCUUCUUCUUUCUUUGUAGAACAAAUGUUUUCGCACACACCCCACCCCCGCGAGGAGGAGGAAGUCCCCGCCGUCCCUGCUCCUACCGCUCCGGCCGGCAAGCACCACGAUGUGCCACCCUGCGCAGCCGCCACCGCACCAAGCGGCAAGCCGCAGGACCCACCAGCCUUUGAUGACGCGACACCGAAUGAGAAUCUAAACCAGCACAGCAGCGGUAAGGCGACAAAUCCUCCGCACGAGACCCACAGCGUGGAUGUUACGGAGUACGUGACGCCGAUGACGGUAGAGGCGGCUGCCGCGCCGCCUGUGCGGACCAUCGUCGAGACCACACAAGCCGCUGGCGCUCCCGACACCGCCGCGGCAAAUCCCCGCAGCAACCAAAAGAGUAGCAACAGUAAUCAGAACGCGAAUCCGCUGGACCGAACAACGCCAAUAGAGGCCCCGCCGCAGUCGGUCGUCACGGUGCCGGGGGCGACGGUCACCACAACGCGCAUCGUCACGCUGCAGCCGUGCAAGAUUGUGUACCACUACGCCGACAACACCGCGCACACGUACGUGCUGCAGAGCACCACCUUCACCCCCUGCGCCGCCGCGGCAGCCGCAGCAACGUCCUCCUCACCGGCCGAAAGCUACGCGCGAAACACGCAUGAACCGCUUCCGCGGCGCGCACGCGGUGGCCGUACACAUCCGCAGCAGCAACAGCAUGCCGCCGCAGCGGUGCGCAUCCCUGCCUCGCACGGUGGUGACUCCUCCUCCCUCGCCUCCUUCGGCUCGGAUGACAGCGACGUGGACGUCAACGCGGAAGAGCGGAAGUUCUUCUCCUCCACCUCCUGUGCCACGUGCGGGCGCGGUGACGGUGCUGCGGCGGCGGGUGGAUGCCUAGCGGCCGUGUACAAGCCGCCUGAGUACGUUGCGGACAUCACACCGGCCAACCCACGCAUCGGCUCGCCAGGUCCGGUGACGCUCUUCGCGUUCGGCUUCACGACAUGUCUGUACAACGUCCACCAAGCCGGGAUCUGUCCGAUGAACUUGACGACCAUGGGCCUCAUCUGCUUCUACGGCGGCCUCGCGCAGUUCGUUGGGGGCUUCUUCGAGCUGAUGAACAAGAACACCAUAUUCUGCACGCUGGACGUGACCUACGGUGCGUUCUGGAUGGCCACGGCGAUCACGAAUCUUGUCCCGGAGAACGCGAACGUGGUGGGCAGCGCGCCGCCGCAUUACAUGGGCGGCUUCUUCAUGCUGUGGUUCUUCUUUGCCGCGACGAUGUUCGCCAGCUCCUUUAAGUUCUCCUACGUCCAGAUGCUGCUGAACUUCUCGGUGGCGCUGAACUUCUUCUUAAACUUCCUCGGCAGCUUUAUUGGGAGCGCAACACUGCUGCACGUGGCGGGGUUUGAGGGGAUUGUGGAGGGCUGUCUCGCCACCUACGUUGGCAUGGCCUUCACGAUGCGUGACAUCUACGGCCACAGUGUCCUGCCGCUCUUCUUCCAGAAGAACUUCAAAAUCACGGAGUGGUGA